CCAUUUUGUGCGGCUGAGAAGAAUUGGAGUGUAGUCCGUUCAGCUAAGGCGUAGGUUAAGGCUGAAUGUUCGGAUACGAUGGUUAUGGCGGCUAUAGCAGUGAAAAAUAAAUGCAUAAAGGAAGUGUAUGACCAUUCCUUACAUGUGCAAGGUUGUAGAAAAGAGUUUGUGAUACUAUAAUCUGGUUUCCUGUCGGUUUCAUGGAUGCUCCACCACCCAUCCCGCCACGCCCACCCGGGUACGAGCUCCGGGGUCCGGUGAACCCUUCUCUGCCUCCCCGGCCGAGCCCGUCUGCACAGCAACAAUUCCGACAGGUUCCUGGCGUCCCACGACCGCAUACCAUACGUCAGCCAAUGACAUGGGGACCAUUAUCUAAUCUUGACGGCACGGCGACACAACUAAUGGAAGCCCUACUGGCUGCCUUCUUCGCCAGUCUCGACUCCCGAAGUGCAGGUACUAUCACGCCCGAGACUCUAUCGGCCUUCUUAGACGUGCACGGAUUUGUAGGGGGGGACAACGUCUGGAAAUCAAACCUAGCCCCGAAUGUGAUGUUUCAACCAGAAGACCUGGCAGACUUCGAGCUGAAGGCUGCAUGCGAAGCAUGGUCCUUCGAGCACCGCGUCGCUGUGCGCAACCCUGGGCGCCCACAGCUUCCAUACGGUGGAAUGCCAAUGCUUACACUGCAGGGCUUCACGGAUAUGAUGGCCGUCGAACACGCGGCUGACCCGGAGCUCGCGUGGCGCGGUAUCAAUGCAGCAUUACGCUACUAUGACGUCUGGACAGAACUUGGUCCCCUGCCCCGCGAGUGUCUACUUCCCGGACCGGACCCUCCGAUAGAAGUCCAGCGCCGUAUCGAGCAAGCCGGGGCGCGCACCCGGAGGACGGCGGCCGAGAGACUCGAGGCGAACCGAGUCAAGCACGCGAUGCAGGCGCAGGGUCGUAGGAAUGCCGAAGAGUUGGCUGGUGAUUAUUACUACGUUGGGAGGGAGUACUACUGAGCCGAGCCGGGGGGGGCUCGUCUGCCUAUCGGAUAAGCGAUGCGACGGUAAUGCGUGGGAGACAUACAUUGCGGAGAGACGGGCUGUAGCGGACCGUGUCGCCUCGUCUGGCUAGGGUGGUAAUGCUUGCGUGGGGGGUUACCUGCGAUUAGACACACUUGGGUUGAUACGAUCGUCAUAGGGGUCGCGGAUUAUACGGGAUAUCAGCAAAGGUGGUUAAUAUUCGGGGUAUUCCGGAAAAGUUAGUGGUGUGCUGAUAGGGCGACUAUCGACUAUCGACUAUCUAUACGAUAUGAAGAGUUGAAGUCGUGUCUUUUCGGCUGUGCUUGACGUCUGUGGCGAGGAGCCUGGUCCUAUGUAGGUAUUCAUAUCAUGGUGCCCUACAUCGGCAAACUAUACAGCGAAGCAAGUACCUAGACAUAGGAAUGCCGUUCGCCGCACCGUCUUUUCCCGGAAGAUCCGUGCUGGUGUACAUCCAAGUUGAAAUUUUUAAGGUGUUUCGAGGGUCGAAACACCCUCUCGAGCUGGGGAGAUAGGCGGGUUUCACGGGCUUAUCUCGCGUCUGCUGGCUCCCGAC